AUGACUUCCUCGCUGGAUGAGGCAAGACUGGCCGAUGCGGCAGCAAUGCUGAAUGUUGAAGAGCAAUUCGAAGUGGACGAGCAAGAGGAUUGGGAGUACGAAUACUCUACGACCGAAACAGAGAUAUACUAUUUGGCGCUCGAUCUUUCAUACCCUGAGUUUAAAGACCGACAACUAAGGGCGCCUCACCACAGUCGAGGUGGAUACUACAAAACAUGGCUCGACCACAAUCCUAGUUUGAGAAGUAUUCGUGCUGGGGAAGGAGAUGAUGACGACGACGACAACGACAACGAGCCUUUACCGGAGCCAGAAGCCGACGAAGACGAGCCUGAAAUCGAUCCAGCACUUAGAAACGAUAAAGGAAAGGGAGUGGAUAUGGGCAAAGUAGCGGAAGAUACGGAAAACACCAAGGAAGACGAGAACAAAGUCGACGACAGAACCGAAGAAGUUCAGAUCCUACAGCUGCAUUCGCAACACCCGAUCAUAUCAUACAAAGGACGCACAUUCGUGGGAUCAUGGGCAGAGAUCAUUGGUACCGAAGCUAUCUUUGUAUCACGCGAGGAUGACCAGCCUCUCCCUGCUCUACGACAUCUUGACGGGAAUAUUGAUUUCCUCGGCGCGAGUGCAUCGAGAAUCGCAACUAAGGAGUAUAUUGUUAAACCCAAGAACACCAGAGAAGACCCGUUAGCUGCCAUCAAACAGGGAUGGGACUUUCGAAUUCCCGUUGGAAAAGACAAAUCAGGGGACCGCAGCGCACAGACUGGUUUACUAGAAACUAUUGCGGCGCUCAAGAAGCGUAAAGGAGAGACAGGACAGGUCACUGUUUGGGCGCAGGAUGGUGAGGGUCAGGACUUUAAGGAUAAGAGAGACCCUGACUACAAGCCUAGGCGAAGGAGAAGACUGCUUAACGAAGACGGUGAGGAGGUGAUUCCGAAGCGUGAGAAGCGACGGGCGAGUGGACGUAGAGGUGGACGGCCUAGGCUUCGAGCUGGUCGUGUUCGUGGGACAGCGGCAGAGAUGAUGACUCCAGCAACAUCGAAAGCAAGAGAAGGGCAGAGCGCUGCACGGGGAGGGAACCUUUCAACCCCCACACCGAGCAGAUGGAAUGAGCUGCAUGGGAGGGACGACGAGGAGAUGGAGCAGGAAGACGGUCAGAGCAUGACUGAGGACGACGAAGACGAAGACAUGUCUAUUGCAGACUAA